UUGUUUUUCACAGAGCGCUGAAGGAGGUAGUCUGCAUGAUGUUGAUGCUAGGUGUAUUCUUGUUGUGUUUUGGCACAGGGACUCUUCUCCCUUUCCACUCGACAUUGGAGAGCCAGAUUGCUGAAUUGUCUCAAGGGAUUUUUGAAGAUGCAUUCCUUUUUCCAGCUGACAUGGAUUUUCAAGGACCAUUCGACACAAUGUUCAGCUCCUGGCAAUCUAGCAGACCAGAUUUCCACAUGCUUACAGAACUGCCUCCCUUUAUGAGUCUUCCGAAUGUCCAGGUGUUGUGUAAUCGAUCACAGAUAACCUUGCUGGUCGAUAGGGCAUACGGUGGUGUCCAACUCAAUGGAGAUGAGGUGCAACUUGGCAAAGGGUGCAAUGUGAAUGGAGUUCUGGAUAACCAAUUUGUCUUGACUCACGACCACACAAAGUGUGGCACUAUUCGUGUGGUCCAGAGUGGUUUGGAGGUUUUCUCUAACUAUCUCCAUGUUGAUCCCAAAAAAUCUGUCUUCAACUGGUGGCCUACUCCCUUCACCCUGCCUAUUUCCUGCAGCCCAAACAUGCGUCCUAGUUCUAGCUUUCCAUUCCCACUGGAAUUGCCCAACGAAGAGUGGAGCUUUGUUAUGCAACCAAUGAAUUCGUUCUGGACCCAGACUGCCCAGUCCAACUUCUAUGAAAGGGGUCAAAAUAUAAAUGUACAGGUGAUGGCAAAAUCAGGUGUCCGACAGCAGCCCUUCCUUCAGGCCUGCUUUGUGUCUCCAUCCCCUGACCCCCACUUCAAACCUCGGCAGGCCGUCGUGAUAAAUAAAGGGUGUGCUUCAGUUUCAUCGGACUCGUCUCCUGCACUGGUGGAAUACGCUGCUCCGACAAGCGAGGGUGCCAUUAAUCUGGUCCUGCACACAUCUACUCUGCAUUCAGAGGUGUACAUGCACUGUAGUGUGCUGAUGUCUGCCUUCGGCAUCACCCCGGGGUCCAAGUCAUGCAACUACAACAAGAUGGAGUCCAGAUGGGAGGAGCUGAGUGGAGACCUGGAAGUAUGCCGCUGCUGUAGCUCACGGUGUCAAGCAGUUAAACAUCUUAACAUCGCUACAAAGGCUAUAGUCACUACUGGUCCUUUCUACUUCGUGGGGGAGGAAAUGGCGGAGGCACCUCUGACAUCGCUGGACCAUCUUGGUGACUCCUCCCUGAGCUCAGGUGCUGAGGCCAUGCAGUCUGACGCUGCUUUCGCUGUGGUGACUGAAUACCAGGCCCCCUCAGCCCCCAGUUUGCAGGACAGCAGAGUGCAGUCUGAAGUGAACGAGAUUGCAGAAACCCCCAUGGAUCCUCCCCUAGGUGAGCCUCGGGGUAUGGUGGUCCAGAGCCUGGGCCCAGUGGCCAGGCUAACCAUGUGGCUACCGAGGGGGUUGAGAACCACCCAGCCAUUACCUGAGCCGGAGAGGACCCCUUCCAUGCCAAAUGCAUCAGAGGCCCCAGACUCUGGACUAAAUGAGAUCCAAAUCAACCCUCGUGCGACGGGCGAGGACCUUCUGUUGCUUCCUGGCUCUGACAAGAGCGAUGGGAAAGAUGCAUCAAGUGAUGCUGAUAUGGGAACCCCAGCAAUGGUCGACGGCCAUCCGAUUCCUGAAGCCUCGGAGAAGACCUCUCUCCUGGAGGAAUCCAAGAGGAAACGGUGGGGCUGGAGGCCCAUGGUGACGGGGGACUUCAAGGGCCUGGUGAAUGUGAACAACCUGAGUGAGGAGAAGCGGCCUGAGAAGCGCUCCAACCGACGCAGGGAUCAGAGGGACGCGAGCAGCUCUUCUCCUGUAAUCCGCUCUCGAGUACAGUUUACAAAAAGCGUGGACGGGUCUCAGACGCUGAGCUACGAGGAGGACGUCAUCAAGCAGAAGGAAAAGCCCAAGAUGCGAAGCUUGGGGAAGGAUGACGUUGUCAAAGGGAUUCAAAAGACGGGCCAGAGGGCGCUCUAUACCUUCCUCGAAUUGUUGAAGAACAUCAGAGCGGAGUAAUUCUACAGAAGCUUCAGCUGUCUUAUCUACAUAGGCCUUUAUUAAAAUAAACAUUGCCUUACACUCCA